CUGGGUGUAGUCUGUACAGUAGUUGGCGGCAGCAGUCGACGUCGAUCGUCCUUGGGAUCUACCUGUGAAUUUUGUAGUAGAGAGCUAACUUUAGCUAUAAACCGUUAGCGCCGGGUUGUCAGGUUUUCCGGGCACCGUUAAACGAAAAGAGUGGGCGGUGACAACGCUCUGUUCGUCCGCGUUAAAGUCCGCUCACAAUGAAAACAAUAAUGUUUUCGCUUUCCGCUAAAAGAAGCUGACUCAACUUAGGCUAGGUUGCUAACUAGCGUGACACUAACUUGUGAGUCUUAUUCGGUAAAUGUGACUGUAAGUAGGCACAGCAACCUGGAAAAAUAAAAAGCAACAAGAGAGUCAAUCGUGGUCUUUAAGGCCGAAAUAUUAGCACUUUAAAAAAGAAAAAGACAGUUGUCUGGAUUAUCUGCUCGUCAGUUGGCAUUCGUAACAUGAAACAGUCACAGUCUGACACGUUGGGUUUUGUUCCUCAAAAAGACAUUGUUUACAACAAGCUCCUGCCGUACGCGGACAGACUAGAUGCCGAAUCCAAUGAGCUUUUGCGUAAAAUUAAAUCGAAUUUGAGCCGAGCAGUUCAGCUCAGAGAAAUAUGGCCCGGGGUGCUUUUCUGGACAAGGAAACUUUCUACGUACAUGAGGCUGUAUGGUCGAAAGUUUAGCAAAGAUGAUCAUGUGCUGUUCAUCAAGUUACUAUUUGAGCUAGUGACCAUCCCCGAACUGGAGAUCAGCAUGAUGCAGGGCCUUGCUCGGCUGCUAAUCAACCUCCUCAAGAAAAAGGAACUGCUGUCAAGAGAGGAUCUUGAGCUGCCAUGGAAACCGCUGUACGAUCUUUAUGACACAAUCCUCUUCUCAAAGACAGAACACCUGAGCCUCAACUGGUUUCCCAAUUCUCCAUGGCUUCGUUCAUCCUAUAAACUCAUAAUGCUAAAAUUGGUUCAGAGGUGCUCAGUGGAAAAUGUGUUGAAAUCACUGGUGAAGAGCUGCAGGCCAUACUUCUCAGAGUCCGCUACUCAGGAGAUGCUAGAUGAGUGGAGACCACUUCUUUGUCCUUUUGAUGUCACUAUGCAGAGGGCAAUCAGCUACUUUGAGCUCUUCCUCCCAACAACUCUGCCACCCGAGCUUCAUCACAAGGGUUUCAAGUUGUGGUUUGAUGAAAUGAUCAGCUUGUGGGUGUCCGUGCAAAAUCUUCCAAGCUGGGAAGUGCAUCUGGUGGGGCUCUUUGCUCGUUUAGCUAAUGAUAACAUUGGCUACAUCGAUUGGGAUCCUUAUAUUUCCAAGAUUUUCACAAGGAUCUUGAGAAGCUUGUAUAUCCCUGUGGGGACCGGUCAGACGGUGGUCCCACAUAAUGUCAUCAAUGCCUAUGACAUUGGUCAUGUGGUGCUUUGGGUCUCGUCCCUCCUGGGUGGACCAAGCAAACAAACUCAAGCUCAACUCAGUGGCCUUUUCAACAGUAUUACAUCCUUCUUUCAUCCAUCAAACCUUGGCCGCUGGUUGGUGAAAUUAAUGACCCUUCUCCAACGGCUCCCCGCCAGCAUGGUACGGCGACUGCACAGAGAACGUUACAAAAAGCCAAGCUGGUUAACACCCAUACCAAACAGCCACAAGCUCACGGAGGAAGAUAUCACCAACUUUGUACAGAGCAUGAUGCAGCCAGUGCUGCUGGCUAUGUUCAGCAAAAUGGGAAGCCUCCAUGCAGCGCAAGCCCUGCAAAACUUGGCUCUGUUGAGGCCUGAGUUGGUCAUUCCUCCUGUGCUAGAGAAGACCUAUCCUGCCAUGGAGACUCUAACAGAGCCCCACCAGCUCACAGCUACUCUGAGUUGCAUGAUUGGUGUAGCACGAAGCCUAGUGUCAGGUGGGAAGUACUUCCCAGAGGGGCCGACUCACAUGCUACCCCUGCUCAUGAGAGCUCUGCCAGGCGUCGACCCAAAUGAUUUUAGCAAGUGCAUGAUCACAUUUCAAUUUAUUGCUACAUUUGUGGCGCUUGUGCCUUUAGUGGACUGUUCAUCUGCCCUACAUGAGAGAACUGAUUUGUCUGAGGUGGAAAGAGAGUUGUGCUCAGCCUCAGCAGAGUUUGAAGACUUUGUGCUUCAGUUCAUGGACAGAUGUUUUGCCCUGAUAGACACCAGCACUUUGGAACAAACUCGAGAGGAAGCGGAAACAGAAAAAAUGACUCACUUAGAGAGUCUGGUAGAACUUGGCCUGUCCUCCACGUUUAGCACUGUCCUGGCACAGUGUUCUUUAGACAUUUUUAAGGUGGCUUUAUUAAAAGUCUUCAACUUCGCAACAACCAACAUCUUUGAGACCCGUGUAGCAGGCAGAAUGACGGCCGACAUGUGUAGAGCAUGUUCAAAGUGUCACCCUGCUGAGUCUCUCAAAAUGUUUGUGCCACACUGCUGCAAUGCCAUUAGCCAAAUUGCUGCUAAUGAUGAAGUGUUAAAUGAGGAGGAACUUGACAAGGAACUAUUGUGGAACCUACAGCUGCUGUCAGAGGUGACCAGGGUGGAUGGUGAAAAGCUCCUGCCCUACCGCACUCAGCUGGUCCAGAUCUUACAGCUAACUCUCCACCUCAAGUGUAAGCAGGGCUACACACUGGCGUGCAACCUGCUUCAUCACAUCCUACGCUCUACUGCCCUCAUCUACCCGACAGAGUACUGCAGUGUGCCAGGAGGUUUCCACCAACCAGUCAGUGACUACCUUCCCAUUAAGGACUGGGGACGACCUGGGGACUUGUGGAAUUUGGACAUCCGGUGGCAUGUUCCUAGUGUGGAAGAAAAAUCUUUUGCUUUUUAUUUACUGGACCUAAUUCUCCAGCCAGAGCUUCAGACCCUUCAGAGAUUUGCACAGGGAGAACAGGACAUGGCCAGAGAUGAUGUGCUACAAAGCCUGGCCAUCAUUCAGCACUGUCUUCUUGGUGCUGGGAGUCUGAUGCCUCCACUGAAGGGAGAGCCUGUUCCUGAACUGGUCCACAGUGUAAUUAAUCUAGAUGAAACCAUCCUCUUCACAGGAGUAGAAUAUGAUACGUCCAGAGAGAACUACAGAGACGCUGUCUGUAAUGUGAUGAGACAGCUGCUGCAUCAUAUCCUGGAGCACUCUGAGGAUGACACCAAGUCUCUUUUCUCCAUCAUCAAGAUCAUCAGCGACCUGUUGCACUUCAAAGGUGUUCACAAACAUGAGAUUGAUUCUCGCUGGAAGAGCUUCAACCUUGUGAAAAAGUCAAUGGAAAACAGACUUCACGGCAGAAAGCAGCACAUCAGAGCUCUGCUGAUAGACAGAGUAAUGCUCCAACAUGAGGUACGUAAGCUGACAGUGGAAGGCUGUCAGUACAGGAGCAUUCAUCAGGAGCUGUUGAAAGAUCUGUUACGGCUUUCUACCAGCACCUACAGUCAAGUUCGCAGCAAAGCUCAAAGUGUGUUGUUUACUGCCCUGGGCACCUACAACUACUGCUGCAGAGACCUAAUCCCUCAUGUGCUAGAGUUUCUCAACCCCAACAACAGCAAUGUGACACAGCAGCAGUUUAAAGGUGCCUUGUAUUGUCUGCUGGGGAAUCACAAUGGGGUGUGUCUUGCCAACCUGCACGAUUGGGACUGCAUUACUCUAACAUGGCCUGCCGUUGUGCGCUCCGGCCUCAGCUCAGCCAUGUCGUUGGAAAAACCUUCCAUUGUGCGGCUGUUCGAUGACCUUGCCAGCAAAAUUCAUCGGCAGUAUGAAACCAUCGGCUUAGAAUUAUCUAUACCAGAUGAGUGCUGCAACUUGGCUAAAAAGCUUUGGGUUACGGGGAAUCCAAUUCCAAAAGAUCCUCUUCCUUCAGACGAUGAAAUAGCAGAGGGUCUAAAGAGGCAGGAGUUAAAGAACUCAGAGGCUGUUGAAAAGUAUGAAGGCCUCAUUGGUGAUCUUUUGAAGUGUAUCAACAACAGGAACAUGCCCUGGAAGUUUGAACACAUUGCCAUUGGUUUUCUGUCACUGCUGCUAAGAGAUGACCAACAGCUCCCACCUGCUGCUGUUAUUUUCUUUGUCAAGAGCCUCAACCAUGAUACCCUUUAUGUCCGCAAGGUGGCAAUAUCGGCUGUAGCAGGCAUCUUAAAACAAAUCAAGAGACUACACAAGAAAGUUCCUGUCCGCCCUUCAGAGCUUUGUGAAGUGAAAGAAUUGAAUGGAAUCAUUGCAGGGGACCGUUCAGACAACAGGUGGCUCCAGUACAACAGCGGCAGCUUGCCACGCAUGCAACAGGACUGGGAUAAGUGUGUGUUUGUGGAAAAGACUCACUGGGGAUACUACUGCUGGCCAAGAAAAUUGAUGAUUUAUGCACCACAAGAAGAGCAACCAAAACAAAACUUGUCCAAAGACGAAAUGACAGAGCGGGAGCAGAUAAUCUACAACCAUUUCUCAGACCCAGUAUUCAUCAAUCAGUUCAUUGAGUUUCUGUCACUUGAAGAUCGUAAGGGCAAAGACAAAUUUAGCCCUCGCAGGUUCUGUUUGUUUAAGGGUCUGUUCCGCAAUUUUGGUGAUGCCUUUCUGCCCGUACUACAGCCACACCUGAAGCGUCUUGUGGCAGACUCCCAUGAAAGCAAGCAGCGUUGUGUGGCAGAGAUCAUCUCUGGUCUGAUCAGAGGCUGCAAACACUGGAACUACACAAAAGUGGACAGCCUGUGGGAGAUGUUGUGUCCUCUGCUACGUACUGCUCUGUCGAACAUCACAAUAGAAACGUACAAGGACUGGGGAACAUGUAUCGCUACAGCUUGUGAGAGCAGAGAUCCUCGCAAGCUUUACUGGCUUUUUGAAAUGCUAAUGGAGUCUCCGGUUAACGGCGAGGAUGGCUCCUUUGUCGAUGCAUGUCGUCUGUAUGUUCUACAAGGGGGCCUGGCUCAGCAGGAGUGGCGUGUACCAGAGCUCCUGCAUAGGUUGCUACAGUACUUGGAGCCCAAACUCACACAGGUUUACAAGAAUGUACGGGAGAGAAUUGGGAGCGUGCUCACAUACAUCUUCAUGAUCGAUGUAAACUUGCCACACACUCAGCCAACCACCUCACCUCGUAUCUCAGACUUCACUGAGAGGAUUUUGUUGCAGCUAAAGCCCCUAACUGAGGGCGAUGAGGAGAUCCAGAACCAUGUGAUGGAGGAGAAUGAAGUGGGGGUUCAGGAUGAAAGAACACAAGCAAUCAAGCUUCUUAAAACAGUGCUUAAGUGGUUGAUAUCAAGCGCUGGACGCUCUUUUACAACCGCUGUGCCCGAACAGUUACGUUUGCUUCCCCUGCUUUUCAAGAUUGCUCCUGUCGAAAAUGAUGACAGCUAUGAUGAGAUGAAGAGGGACGCAAAGACCUGCCUCUCUCUGAUGUCUCAGGGACUUCUCUACACAGAGCAGAUCCCUAUGGUCCUCAGUGCUCUGCAAGAGAUUGCUGGCAGCAGCUCCUGGCAUGCUCGCUACACAGUGCUGACAUACCUCCAGAUCAUGGUAUUUUACAACCUGUUCACCUUCAUGAGUGACCAGAAGGCCGUGGGCGAUGUGCGAUCACUGGUCAUAAGACUGCUGGAGGAUGAGCAGCUGGAGGUGAGAGAAAUGGCUGCAACGACACUCAGCGGUUUCCUUCAGUGCAAUUUCCUCUCAAUGGACGCCCCCAUGCAGGCACAUUUUGAAGCCCUCUGUAAGACUUCUUUGCCUAAGAAAAGGAAAAGGGAGUUUGCCACUGUCAAGGACACUGUACCUUCUGCUGACUUGGUUCGACGUCACGCUGGGGUUCUUGGAUUGAGUGCUUGUAUUCUCUCCAGUCCAUAUGAUGUUCCCACCUGGAUGCCGCAGCUGUUAAUGGACCUCAGCGCUCACCUCAAUGACACCCAGCCAAUUGAAAUGACUGUGAAGAAAACUCUGUCAAACUUCAAGCGAACGCACCAUGAUAACUGGCAGCAACACAAGCAGCAGUUUACAGAUGACCAGCUGCUGGUUCUGACUGACCUGCUGGUCUCCCCAUGUUACUAUGCUUAAAAUCUGGUAAAGUUUAUCAGCUUAAAACUUUCAUCUUUUCAUCUAAUGUGAAUGUUUGGUGCAAACUUAACGUGUUCACAAGAACACACUGGACUUUAAGCACUCGUAGGAUUGAUCGCUGAAAAUGAAGCUGCUGAAGAGGUCCUUCCAAAGACAGAAGACAACUCCUUAAGUCCACUUAUUUCUCUUUUUCUUUUUUUAACAGCACUGUUUGGACUCUGCUACAGUAAACAUAUGGAGGCCCAAUUUGGUGAGAGGGCUCUGGGUUUGACUGACAUAAAAGACAUUAUCACACACCAUUACAACGGCACAUCGGUUGAUUGAUUGAGAAAUUGUGUAUUUAUGUAUUUAUCCAUUGACAUUUCCACUAUACUUAAUAUUUAAGGUUCAAUGCUAGCAGGAGUAACUGACCUGCUGUUUGUAACAUAACUGUACAGUACAUGUACAGUUUUCUUUUUACUUCUGUGGUUUGAAUUGUGUGCAUGUGUGAAGAUCUGUGUGGUGCACAUUCAAGGGAUGCGUGAAGACGUGUUGUCCUACAUAUUUCUCAGGAUUACAUCCCAAGGAUCAGCUCUGAGCCAACAGCUUGUCCAGUGUAGGACAUGUUUAUUACUAUCUUUGAAGUGUUUGAUCUGAGCCACAGCAAAGUGACAACUUGAAAUAAUGUCUUCAGGUGAUGUGACCUGAACACAGUGUUUGUGUGGCUGUUUGUUCUCUACAUGCUCAUGUACCCCAUGAUUGCACAUGUCAUAUAUUGGCAAAUACACAAACAUAUUUAUUUAUGAAUUUGAUUGGUUUUUUUGUUUUGUUUUUUUUGAGUGCUGAUGGCUUGAAACCAAUGCAUUGAAGCAUUUAGUACCUCACAUAUGUAUAGUGUAGUGCCAAAAACUAGUGUUUGCGUUUUUAGAUGUACUGUUUGCUUAUUGAUUGAUGAUAAUAAACUGUUUCUUUUAAAAA